AUGAAUUCAGAAUCAGAUAAUUUGAAGUUUCAGCAGAAAUGCAAGGACUUGAAGAAACGGGUUGGGGAGAUUGAUGAGAACAAUGAAGCAAUGACAAUUGCCCUUGGUAGAACAAAGCUUGCCAUCAAGAGAUUGAGGUUAGAGUCUGCUAUUCUUCUAGAAAGAUUAGAAAAAAAGAUAAAUCCUUCAUCAUUUGGCGUAUCAGCCUCAGCAAAAGAAAUGGCGAACAAAGGGUUCGAUUCUAAAACCGUAAGUUACUCAUCAAUACCAAGCCCGGAACUUCCAGCCCUCAAGUUGCUGGACAUUGGGGCAAAUGGAGCAACUGGAAAUGGACGAAGAAAGAAUGGGGCUGGUAAGGCUAAAGCGAAACAAAGAGAUCCAAACCAACCAAAAAGACCUACCAAUUCAUACUUGAUUUUUUGUGAAUUGGAAAAGGACAAGAUUAAACAAAAGCUAGAUUCUGAAGGGCCACCAGGUCACUUAUAUGAUAUGUCGAAAGCCCUAACUGAAGCAUGGAAACAUUUGAAUGAUGAGGACAAGAAACCAUAUGUGAAAUUAUACGAGGAUGACAGACAGCGCUACAAUAGAGAGCUCAAAAUUUACCAUGAAAAGAAAGAUAAAGAAGCAGCAGCUGCUGCUGCUGCUACAGCUGCUGCUUCUUGUUCUUCAACUACUGCCAAUGCUGGUGACAAGAAGCUAACUCCUACCGAUCCUAAACCAUCCAAUAAUACUGAAACAAGUGAAUUAGGAGACGCUACAACUACUGCUGACAAUGCCCUCCCGCCCCACGAUGAUGCAAUUCCUUCCACCCAGUCUUCACCAACGAAAAAACAUGUAUUGGAAGAUAUCAGUGAAGAAAAAACUGAACCAUCGAAAAAAUUGAAAUUGGAAGAAGACGAGAAUAGCAUUGCUGAUGCUGCUCCUUCGUCGACAAUUACCGACCAGAAAUAA